CAGAUUUUUUUUUGGGUGUCAGUACAGAUAUGAUUCUUCCCGACACUCCUCUUUAUUUCAGAGCCUGACCAUUAUCAUCCUUUAAGGAAAUUCAGAACCCAUUUGCCCAUCUCUUUCAUUGUCUCUCUUCGAUCCUAAUUGCAAUGGCUUCAAGCACUAAUGAGCUAACCCAUGAUUUCCCACCAUUCUUCAAAGUAUUCAAAGAUGGCCACGUAGAGAGGUACCCUUUUCCCAUUCCCAAUCACCAUGUCCCCGCUGAGCUUGAUCCAAAUACUGGGAUCCAAUCCAAAGACGUGGUCAUCUCUCCCGAAACCGGUUUAUCAGCCCGAAUCUUCAUCCCCAAUAUCAACGGCCCUGAUCAAAAGUUACCACUAGUCAUCUACUACCAUGGUGGUGGCUUCAUCGCUGGAUCACCGUUCGAUGCAGUUGCUAAAAAAUUUAUCACAUCAUUGAUUUCCCAAGCCAAUAUGAUUGUUGUUGCCGUUGAUUAUAGGCUAGCCCCAGAGCACCCACUACCGAUUGCAUAUGAUGAUUCAUUGGCCGCGUUGCAGUGGAUUGCUACUCACUCUAAUAACCAAGGACCCGAACCGUGGCUAAACGAGUACGCGGAUUUCGGGCGGGUUUUCUUGGCGGGUGAGAGUGCUGGAGCUAAUAUAUCCCACUACGUGGCAGUCCGAGCUGGCGCCACGGGAUUGGCUGGGUUGAAGAUUGUUGGGGUGCUUAUAGUGCACCCUUUCUUUGGGGGCAAAGAGUGUGAUGAGAUGUACAAGUUUAUGUGUCCUACAAGUUCCGGGUGUGAUGAUGACCCGAAAUUGAACCCGGCAGUGGAUCCGGAUUUGUCUAGGAUGGGGUGCGCUAAGGUUCUUGUGUGCGUGGCAGAGAAGGAUUGGUUAAAAGAUAGAGGGGUGGCAUACUAUGAGACUUUGGGUAAGAGUGGGUGGGGUGGUAGCGUGGAAUUCUUUGAGACUAAAGGAGAGGACCAUGCCUUUCAUAUGGCGAAUGCUGAUAGUGAAAACUCUAAGGUCUUGUUGAAAAAGUUUGUUGAUUUUAUUAUAGGGGACUAGACUAGAGUGUUUAUUCAUCAUUUGAAUCCAAAAAGAAAAGUGUGUUUAUGUUAUGAAUUAUGAUAAAUCGGCUGUGGUUGUUGUACCCAUGUUUUGAUGUGAUUACCACGUAAUGAAUGAUAUAAUUGAUGAAUGCGAGUUUGCCAGUUUUGACAAUA